AUGGCCCAUUCUAGCUGCGCGUCUCCAUUUGUUGGAACCACGUUUUGCGUGACCAGGGUGCUCCCCCCCCCCCGACACCCCCCUCCUGCACGUGCGCCAGGACUCCCCCCGUCACUGGCCUCUCAGGCAACAAUGACCACCACUCUCCUCUCCAGGCUCUCCACUGACAACCAGGACGAGACCACUGUGUGGCUCUCCACCAUCAUCCAAGAGCUAUGGCCGUACGCAGCGAACAUCGUUCAAACCACCUUGAAGGAGUAUGUCGAGCCUGCGCUGAUCGCGGCCAUCCCCAAAGGGCUUCCCACGCCGCAGUUCACGAAAAUCGACGUCGGCAACGACGGGCUGGCCAUCGAACGCGUCCAGGUGUUCCAGCGCUCGAACGCAGGCACUGACGACGUUCCCGUCAUCGAAGCCGAUAUUCGCUACGAAGGCACCCCAGUUAUCGAGAUGUGCGUCCAGGGGUAUCGGCACUACUCCUUCGGCGUCACCAACACCAAGAUCGAAGGGCGCGUAGAAGUCCUCAUGAGUCCGUUGCUCGACCGCAUUCCGCUCUUCGCCGCCAUGCAGAUUGCCUUCAUCAACCCCCCGAAACUCGAUUACACCCUCACCGGGUUCGCCGCCUUGGGCGACCAGUCUUUUAUCAAAGGUACCAUGCGUCGAGUGGUGGAGGACCUUCUCGCCUCCAUGGCCGUCUUGCCGAACCGAAUUGCUUUCAAGGUCGCUCCGGAAACCGACUUCUUCCACUUCGUGUCUAAGCCAGUAGGCAUUUUCCGCGUCGCGGCCCUCAGUGGCUCUGGCUUCCCAAGCACUGAUCGUCACGUCCUCAAGCAAGCUAUCGGCCAAAGUGAACUUCCCGAUGUGUAUCUCACUUUACACUGUGCUGGUUGCCCACCUUGCCGAACACGGCGCCAGUGA